CCACUCUUGGGGCAUGGGGAUUCUCUUGGGAAUAUAUUUGACAGCUACGGCACAAUUACUUGCCUGUUUCCAGUUGUGCCAAAGUCACUGGUUUGCAGAUGGUGCUAAGGUCAGGCCUGAAGCAUUCUUUAUGUGCAAAGGCCAUUUUAGAGAAGGUCUGCAGGGCAGAGCAAGCUACACACCAGUGAAUGUGGGCAAAGGGCACCCUGAGAAGCAAAGAUUCUAGUGUUGAAUAUAAGCAAAGCUGCAAAAUAAAAUGGGAGUAUUUCAUUUUUCCUGGUUCCCCUUCUGGUUGUAUCUCACAGCCCUCUCAUUCUCAAAUUUUCUGCUCAUUGAUAUCAGUGUUUCUGCAACUUGUUUUCGCAUGACUCCUCCUUUUGGUCUCCUGGUCUCAGAGACCAAGGCAUUCAGAGUCCUUCACAGCUUUAUCCUUCAGAAGCCAGGAAUUGAGAAACAGCUGCAAUUCCUGGCCAUGAGUGUUAAGCAACAGCUAAUUACCCCUCUUUGCUCCAUAUUCCACAUGGUUUUUAUUCUCCUGCCAUGGCCUGUAGGAACUGAACUGCGUGCUCACUGGUCAUGGGAGCUCUUCAUUUGUCUUGGAGCAUUCCUAUGACUUUCAUGCUCCAAGCAGGGCUUCCUGUCCUAGGCUGCAGUUGGAGCAGUGUAAGGUUGUGGCACUGAAGUGUUCCACCUCCCUGUGUGUAAUUGCCAAGGUGAGGAUGGGAGACAUUCUCCUGAAACUAUUGGAAUGUAUAUGGAGCUGGAUUAAAGUCUAUGGGCUCUGUGCUCCGAUGAGAUGUUGUGCCACGUUUGUGUGUCUCUGCUUACAGUCUGUGAUGUAUUUCCAUUGCAGCUAGAUCUGUGCUGCUUUGUGCAAGGUGGCUGAAGAGAACUUAGAGCCAAAGGACGUGGAGUUUUUUCAGAAUGAGAUGAAGAAAGGGAGAGAAGAGAAAACAUCCUUGCAGCUGCCUCCACAGACAGUUGAGCCCAGGGAUGCAGCUGAAGCAAGCUUUACCCAACCACCUGUCAAUGGCACAGCUUCCAGUGUGCAGAGAAAACAGCCUGGUAAUGCCUUGAGGAAGAAGGUCUUGAGGAAGCAGGACAAGGUGCCCAGUAUGUCCAUGGUCCAUGAGGAAGACAGAGUCCCAUGCAACUCCUCAGUGACCUCGCAGACGGCCCCUGGUGCCGAGUGCCGAGAGGAGCUGCUCCGUGGGCAUGGGCACAAGGACACAGCCUCUGCUGAGCCACAGCAGUCCUUGCUCCAGGCACUCUCCUUGCUCGGCAGCCAUGACUGGGAGAAGAAGGAGAAGGGACUCUUCAGCAUCAAACACCUGGCUGAGUCCCAUUCAGAAGUCCUGCUCUCUAGACUUGGUGACAUUUGCUUGGCAGUUACCAGCGAGGUGACCAACCUGCGCACAAAGGUGUCCUACUCGGCCAUUGUCACUCUGGGAGAGUUUUUUGUGACCUUGAAGAAGGACAUGGACUCUGAGGUGGAUGAGGUGGCUCGGGUCCUUCUCCAGGUGCUGUGUAACUGCCCAGAGUUUGUUGAGAAAGCAGCCAGUCAGACCCUGGGGAUGAUGGUGGAGAAUGUGACUCCUGCACGAGCAGUGACUGCUCUCCUGGACAGUGGAGUCAGGUAGGUUCUCCUUCUCUUAGUGAUAUUCUUCACCUUCUAGGGUGCAGGUGGGGGAAGGGAUGAGAGAAAGAAUGGGAAUGGUGGGAGGGAAGGGUCCUGUAUCCUGCAUGUU